ACAGAGCGAGCCGGGCGCCCGGGGCGGCGGCCUCCCUCGCCGCCUCGGCCCCUCCCACUGCCGCCCCGAGGCUGCCACCGCCCGGGCGUCGGAGCUCGUCCCUUCCGCGCCGCCCUCGGGGCCUAGGCCGCCCGGCUCGGGGCGGGCAGGCGGGGAGAGCCGGGGCCAAGUGUCCAGCCGCGUCCGCCCGGCCCUCGGGGGGCCCUGCCCCUCAUGACUGCGGCGCCUCUGCUGCCUCAGCCCCGCCGGCCGCCGCUCGCCGCAGGAUGGAAGCGGACGGGGCAGCCUUAAGGCCGGCGCCUCCGCUCCCCGAUCGGCCCCCGACGAGCCCGCCGAGCCCGGGCCCCGCAUCCCGCCGAGCCUGCGGGCCGGCCGCUCGCUGCUGACUUAGAGAGAGAGAGAGAGAGAGGAGAGAGAGAGCGAGCCCCGGGGCCACCCGGCACCCUUUUUGCAUCCACACCUCCGAGCCCGCUCACCCCGGACGACUCCCCCCCACCAUGUCCGGCGGCGCCCCCGAGAAGCAGAGCAGCACCCCGAGCGCACCCCUCUUCCUCUCGCCGCCCGCGCCCGCCGCCCCCAAGAAUGGCUCGAGCUCCGACUCGUCGGUGGGCGAGAGGCUGGGCGAGCCGGCGCCCGGCAGGACCGACGAGUACCGGCGCCGCCGCCACACCAUGGACAAGGACAGCCGCGGCUCGGCCUCGGCCACCGCCACCACCACCGAGCACCGCUUCUUCCGCCGCAGCGUCAUCUGCGACUCCAACGCCACGGCCCUCGAGCUGCCCGGCCUGGCCGUUCCCGCCGGCCCUCCGCAGCCUCAGCCAUCGCAGCCCAGGGCGCCCCCCGAGCCGGCCCGGCCCGCAGCCCCACCGCCCGCCGCCCCGCCGUCCGCCGCGCCGGGCCCCGGGGAGCCCCCCGCAGCAGCAUCAGCAUCCGCAGCAGCAUCAGCAUCCGCAGCAUCAGCAUCCGCAGCAGCCCCGAGCGCAGCCGGCCAGGAGCGGCCCGGGGUCCCCGGAGGAGGCCCGGCGGCGGCGGCAGCGGCAGCAGCCAGGAGUGGCAGCGGCGGUGGCAGCAGCAGGGAGGCGGGCCCCGAGGAGCGCAGCAGCCAGCCCCAGGCGCAGGACGACAUCGAGGAGCUGGAGACCAAGGCCGUGGGCAUGUCCAACGACGGCCGCUUCCUCAAGUUCGACAUCGAGAUCGGCCGGGGCUCCUUCAAGACGGUCUACAAAGGGCUGGACACGGAGACCACCGUGGAAGUGGCCUGGUGCGAGCUGCAGGAUCGAAAGUUAACCAAGUCUGAGAGGCAGAGAUUUAAAGAAGAGGCUGAGAUGUUAAAGGGGCUUCAGCACCCCAAUAUUGUUCGAUUCUAUGAUUCCUGGGAAUCCACUGUGAAAGGGAAGAAGUGCAUUGUUUUGGUGACUGAACUUAUGACAUCUGGAACGCUUAAAACGUACCUGAAAAGGUUUAAAGUGAUGAAGAUCAAAGUUCUGAGAAGCUGGUGCCGGCAGAUCCUCAAAGGACUUCAGUUUCUUCAUACUCGAACUCCGCCUAUUAUUCACCGUGAUCUUAAAUGUGACAACAUCUUUAUCACUGGCCCUACAGGCUCAGUCAAGAUUGGAGACCUUGGUUUGGCAACCCUGAAACGCGCUUCUUUUGCCAAGAGUGUGAUAGGUACCCCAGAGUUCAUGGCCCCUGAGAUGUAUGAGGAGAAAUACGAUGAAUCCGUUGAUGUGUAUGCUUUUGGAAUGUGCAUGCUUGAGAUGGCUACGUCCGAAUAUCCAUACUCUGAGUGCCAAAAUGCUGCCCAGAUCUACCGCCGAGUGACCAGUGGAGUCAAACCAGCCAGUUUUGACAAAGUAGCAAUUCCUGAAGUAAAGGAAAUUAUUGAAGGAUGCAUAAGACAAAACAAAGAUGAAAGGUAUUCUAUCAAGGACCUUUUGAACCAUGCCUUCUUCCAGGAGGAAACAGGAGUACGAGUUGAGUUAGCAGAGGAAGAUGAUGGAGAAAAGAUAGCUAUUAAAUUAUGGCUGCGUAUUGAAGAUAUUAAGAAAUUGAAGGGCAAAUACAAAGACAAUGAAGCUAUUGAGUUUUCCUUUGACUUGGAGAGAGAUGUGCCAGAAGAUGUUGCUCAAGAAAUGGUAGAGUCUGGCUAUGUCUGUGAAAGUGAUCAUAAGACCAUGGCUAAAGCUAUUAAAGAUAGAGUGUCUUUAAUUAAAAGAAAACGAGAGCAGCGGCAGUUGGUAAGGGAAGAGCAAGAAAAAAGAAAGCAGGAAGAAGGCAAUCUGAAACAGCAGGUAGAACAAUCAAGUGCUUCCCAGACUGGACCCAAGCAGCUCCCUGCUGUCGGCAGCGGGGUACCUGCCGCUCCCACCACUUCUGCUUCAGUUUCUACACAAGUGGAGCCCGAAGAACCCGAGGCUGACCAGCAUCAACAACUGCAGUACCAGCAACCCAGUGUCUCCGUGUUAUCUGAUGGGACAGUUGACAGUGGUCAGGGAUCCUCUGUCUUCACAGAUUCUCGAGUGAGCAGCCAACAGACAGUUUCAUAUGGUUCCCAACAUGAGCAGACGCCUUCUACUGGCACAGUCCCAGGGCAUACAGUCCCUGUCCAAGCACAGUCUCAGCCCCAUGGGGUAUAUCCACCUUCAAGUGUGCCUCAGUCCGUGGUGCAUCCGUGUGGGGGGACCCCAACAUACCCAGAGUCACAGAUAUUUUUCCCAACUAUUCAUGAACGUCCAGUUUCUUUUUCACCACCUCCCACCUGUCCGCCGAAAAUUUCCAUUUCUCAGCGGCGUAAGAGCACCUCCUUCCUGGAAGCCCAAACUCGCCACUUCCAACCCUUGCUGAGGACUGUUGGCCAAAAUCUUCUUCCACCUGGUGGCAGCCCAACUAACUGGACACCAGAGGCUGUAGUUAUGUUGGGCACUACAGCCAGUAGAGUAACCGGAGAGCUAUGUGAAAUGCAGGUCCAUCCGAUUUUUGAACCAACUCAGAUUUAUAGUGACUAUAGACCUGGACUAGUACUUCCAGAAGAAGCUCACUAUUUUGUUCCUCAGGAAGCAAUGUAUCUAACUGGGGUACAUUAUCAGGCCCAGGUGGCAGAACAGUAUGAGGGUAUUUCAUACAAUUCGCCAAUAAUGUCAAGUCCUAUGAAACAGAUACCUGAACCGAAGCCAGGACAAGGGGGUUCUACCACAAGCUCUGUCUUUGAAUUUCCACCUGGACAGGCUUUCCUGCUAGGACACCUUCAGAAUUUAAGAUUAGAUCCUGGAAUGAGUCCAGGGUCUCCCCUGUCUAGUAUUUCUGCUCCUAUCAGUACAGAUGCUACAAGUUUAAAAUUUCAUCCUGUCUUUGUUCCUCAUUCUGCACCUGCUGUGUUAACUCAUAGCAAUGAGAGCAGAAGCAACUGUGUAUUUGAAUUUCAUGUUCAAACACCAGGCUCCUCUUCGGGAGAAGGAGGUGGAAAUUUAACUCAACGUGUUUAUGGAAACCGACAGGUUGCAAUGGAUUUGAAUCAGGAAGAACUGCCAUCUCAAUCAUUUGGAUUACCUGGUCACCUACAAUCUGUGACUGAAGAACAGCGUAAUUACCAUGCCCCUGAAUUGACCGUUUCUGUGGUAGAGCCGAUUGGACCGAACUGGCCAAUAGGAAGCCCAGAAUAUUCCAGUGAUUCCUCACAAAUCACUUCUUCAGAUCCCAGUGAUUUUCAGUCACCUCCUCCUACAGGAGGAGCAGCUGCAGCUUUUGGCUCUGACGUCUCCUUGCCCUUUGUUCGUCUGCCUCAGACAGUGUUACAAGAAUCCCCACUUUUCUUCUGUUUCCCCCAAGGAACCACAUCUCAGCAGGUCUUAUCCGCCUCAUUCUCUUCGGGAGGAUCAGCACUGCAUCCACAGGUACAAGGACAGAGCCAGGGCCAGCCACCCACCAGUAGCUUAACAGGGGUUCUGUCUUCUCAACCUGGACAGCAUCCUCAGCAGCAGCAAGGAAUGCAGCAGCCCGCUCUUCCUCAGCAGACUGUGCAGUACUCUGUUCCACAGACAGUGGCCUCCAGUGAGGCUGCCGCUGCCCAGCCUGGGAGUCAGCCACAGCCUCCGCUGGUCUUGCAAGGAUCGUCUGGAAAACAGGGCUUCCCAACUCGACUGCCACCACAGUACCCAGGAGACUCAAAUAUUGCUCCCUCCUCCACCGUGGCUUCUGCUUGCGUCCAUUCUACCGUCUUGUCCCCUCCCAUGCCGGCAGAAGCAUUGGCUACACCAGCUUACUUUCCUACAGUGGUGCAGCCUUAUGUGGAACCAAAUCUUUCGGUUUCUGUGGGCAGUUUAGGAGGACAGGUUCAAGUGUCCCAACCAGCAGUGAGUUUAGCACAACCCCCUACUACAUCCUCCCAGCAACCAGUUCUGGAGAGUACUCAGGGAGUCUCUCAGGUUGCUCCUCCAGAACCAGUUCCACUAGCACAGCCACAACCCACCCAGCCUCCCACUUUGGUUUCUUCUAUUGACAGUGCACAUUCAGAUGUUGCUUCAGGGAUGAGUGAUGGCAAUGAGAAUGUCCCAGCGUCCAGUGGAAGGCAUGAAGGGAGAACUACCAAACGACAUUAUCGAAAAUCUGUAAGAAGUCGCUCUCGUCAUGAGAAGACUUCACGGCCAAAAUUAAGAAUUUUGAAUGUUUCAAAUAAAGGAGACCGAGUAGUAGAGUGUCAGUUGGAGACUCAUAAUCGGAAAAUGGUUACAUUCAAGUUUGACUUAGAUGGUGACAACCCUGAGGAGAUAGCAACAAUUAUGGUGAACAAUGACUUCAUUUUAGCAGCAGAAAGAGAGUCAUUUGUGGAUCAAGUGAGAGAGAUUAUCGAGAAAGCUGAUGAGAUGCUCAGUGAGGAUGUCAGUGUGGAGCCGGAGGGUGACCAGGGAUUGGAGAGUCUUCAAGGAAAGGAGGACUAUGGCUUUUCAGGUUCUCAAAAAUUGGAAGGAGAGUUUAAACACCCAAUUCCUGCGUCUUCUCUGCCUCAGCAAAUUGGUGUUCCUGCCAGCUCUUUAACUCAAGUUGUUCAUUCAGCUGGAAGACGGUUUAUAGUAAGUCCUGUUCCAGAGAGUCGAUUACGAGAGUCAAAAAUUUUCACCAGUGAAAUAUUAGAUACGGUUGCUGCCUGCACAUCUCAGGGCCCUGGAAUGAACUUGUCGCACUCUGCUUCAUCCCUUAGUCUACAGCAGGCCUUCUCUGAACUUAGACAUGCCCAGAUGACAGAAGGACCAAGUACAGCACCUCCAAACUUCAGUCAGACAGGACCGUCAUUUCCAACAGGUCCUCCUUUCAUGAGUAGCGUCGCUGGAGUCCCAACCCCAGUAGCAGCCACACCUUCAGUAUCAGUCCCAGCAACAAGCAGCCCUCUCAGUGACGUCUCUACGUCAGUCAUCCAGUCUGAGGUUACCGCACCCACUGAAAAAGGGGCUGUUGGUUUUGUCCCUAGCACAGGUUUGAUCACUUCAAGUGGUAUUCCUGUCCCUGCUGUGUGUGAAUCAACUGUGCUUGCUAGUGUUGGUUCAAACAUCACAGUACCUGCAGUUGUCUCAAUAGCUACAACAGCCCAGUCAGUUCAGGUCCCCGCUUCUGGGGGCUCUGUUUCCAGUACAGGCCCUUUGCCACCUAUAACAGUUCCAGUGGCUUCAGUCUCUGCAAUUGGCAGCGCGUCUGGCCCAGGUGCUAAGCCUCCAGCUGUAUUACCUCAGCAGGCAGCAGGCAGUACCACUGGGAUAGCCACAUUAACAUCACUUCCUCCCACCACUGUAUUCCCUGGCUUAGCUUCACAGCCGUCCCUUCAGCUCAGCAGCAGUACCUCUGCUCCUACUCUAGCUGAAACAGUGGUGGUGAGUGCACACUCACUUGAUAAAACAUCCCAUAGCAGUACAACUGCAUUGGCUUUAUCCCUCUCUGCACCAUCUUCCUCUUCCUCUCCUGGAGCUGGAGUAUUGAGUUCUGUUUCUCAGCCUGGUGGAGUACAUUCUUUGGUCAUUCCAUCAGCUGUAGUUUCUACCCCUGUCCUCGCCCAAGCAGCAGGACCUACGUCUGUACCUUUAUUACCCCAAGUGCCCAACAUCCCACCCUUAAUACAACCUGUUGCUAAUGUGCCUGCUGUACAGCAGACACUAAUUCAUGGUCAGCCUCAGCCAGCCUUGCUUCCCAACCAGCCUCAUACUCACUGUCCUGAAAUUGAUGCUGAUACACAAGCCAGACCUGGAAUUGAUGACAUAAAGACUCUUGAAGAAAAACUGCGGUCUCUCUUCAGUGAACACAGCUCGUCUGGAGCUCAGCAUGCCCCUGUCUCACUGGAGACAUCACUGGUAGUGGAGACUACAGUCACACCGGCCAUCCCAACCACUGCUGUUGCACCAAGCAAACUGACUACUUCCACUACAAGUACUUCCUUGCCAUCUACUAAUUUGCCAUUGGGAACAACUGGUGUACCAGUCAUACCGGCGGUUACACCUGGGCAGGUUUCUACACCAGGCACUUAUGUUUCAGCCCCAGUCUGCACUGCAUCAGGAAUGAAGCCUGGAAGUGCUGCCUCAAAACUACCUUUAACUAAGAGUCAGGUGCUGCCAGGGAGUACUGAACUUCCAGCUGGUACUCUACCUAGCGAGCAGUUGCCACCUUUAUUGGGACCUUCACCAAGUCAGCCUCAGCAGCCCCUGGAAGAUCUUGAUGCUCAGUUGAGAAGAACGCUCAGUCCGGAGACUGUUGCAGUGACAUCUGUGGUCGGCCCUGUGUCCACGGUGGCUCCAGCAGCGGGGACAGAAGCAGGAGCACAGCCUCAGAAGGAAGUUUCUCAGGGCACCGGAGGUCCUGUGCCAGCAGCUAGUUCAGGAGCUGGGGUGUUCACGAUGGGACGGUUUCAGGUUUCAGUUGCAAUGGAUGAUGCCCAGAAAGAGAGUAAAAGUAAGACAGAAGAUACAAAGUCUGUUCAUUUUGAAUCCAGCACUUCAGAGUCCUCAGUGCUAUCAUCAAGUAGUAGUCCAGAGAGUACCCUGGUGAAGCCAGAGCCUAAGGGAAUGGCCAUCCCCAGCAUCUCUUCAGGGAUGCCACAUAGCACCCACACAACACUUAUCUCGGAGACACAGUCGGAAACUGGGCAGCCUGCUAAGGUUGGACGUUUUCAGGUGACAACUACAGCAAACAAAGUGGGUCGUUUCUCUGUGUCAAGAACUGAGGACGAGAUAGCUGAGGGCAGAAAAGAGGGACCAGUGACAUCUCCUCCUUUUAUGGAUCCAGAACAAGCUAUUCCUCCUGCUGCGAUACCAAAGAAAGAAAAGCCUGAACUUGCCGAGCCUUCGCAUCUGAACGGGCCAUCUUCUGACCUUGAGGCUGCCUUUUUAAGUAGGGAUGUUGAUGAAGGUUCAGGUAGUCCACACUCCCCCCACCAGUUGAGCUCAAAGAGCCUUCCUACUCAGAAUCUAAGUCAGAGCCUUAGUAAUUCAUUCAACUCCUCCUACAUGAGUAGUGACAACGAAUCAGAUAUUGAAGAUGAAGACCUCAAGUUAGAGUUGCGACGAUUACGAGAAAAGCAUCUUAAAGAGAUUCAAGAUCUACAGAGUCGCCAAAAACAUGAAAUCGAAUGUUUGUAUACCAAACUGGGCAAGGUUCCCCCUGCUGUCAUUAUUCCCGCAGCUGCUCCCCUUUCAGGAAGAAGAAGGCGACCCACGAAAGGCAAGGGCAGCAAGUCUAGUCGUAGCAGUUCCUUGGGGAAUAAAAGCCCUCAGCUUUCAGGUAACCUGUCUGGUCAGAGUGCAACUUCCGUCUUGCACCCCCAGCAAACCCUCCACCCUCCUGGCAACAUCUCAGAGACCGGGCAGAAUCAGCUGUUACAGCCUCUUAAGCCAUCUCCCUCCAGUGAUAACCUCUACUCAGCCUUCCCCAGUGAUGGUGCCAUUUCAGUACCAAGCCUUUCUGCUCCAGGUCAAGGAAACACCUCACAUAACACGGUUGCAGGGACAGUGAACAGCCAGGCUGCGCCAGCUCAGCCUCCUGCCGGGACCUCCAGCAGGAAGGGCACAUUCACCGAUGACCUGCACAAGCUGGUGGACAAUUGGGCCCGAGAGGCACACAUGAUUCAUUUGGAUCAGGCAGGAGAAGGAAGCAACAGGGCACAUUGAAGUUAGGAGGGCCCUGGAAUGGCAAGGAAGUUCUCUGCACCUGGGCAGUUGUGCAUCUCCAUGACCUCGAACCUGGGUGGCUCUGCCCCCAUCUCUGCAGCAUCAGCUACCUCUCUAGGUCACUUUAACAAGGCUAUGUGCCCCCCACAGCAGUACGGUUUUCCAGCUGCCCCAUUUGGCACUCAGUGGAGUGGGACGGGUGGCCCAGCACCACAGCCACUUGGCCAGUUCCAGCCUGUUGGAACUGCCUCCUUGCAGAACUUCAACAUCAGCAAUUUGCAGAAAUCCAUCAGCAACCCCCCAGGAUCCAACCUGCGCACCACUUAGUCAGACCUAGAGGCGGGAGACGGAAUGCUGAGGGAGGCUGGGGCGGGGGAGGAGCCUGUAUACUAACUGCUAGUGCUGCGUUUCACUGGCUCGUUCUCGCCAGAAGGGAGUAUUUGUAACACCGCUUUGAGCCCUCCGAUUGGAACCUGUCCCUGCCCUUUUGAUUUUCGGUGGGACUGGGAGCAGAAGGAAGCAGCCGCUGUCUUGGCAAGGGCAGCUUCGACUCUGCUGCCUGCGCCCAGAGGUGGGGGCACUGGUGGAAGCUACCAGAGAGCUCAGCGUGCACCCAACUGGGGGAAGCUCUCAACUGUGGUACAUGCCCCAAUCCCUCCCUUCCUCAGAAUCCAAACCACAUGAUAAAGCUACUGGGCUCUCUCCCUCCCCGCCCUCUGUCUCUCCUUCCCCCACCCCCCUUAGAACCCAGUGAAAAACACCGGGGGACUGGGGCUGCAACCCUUUGUUACGAGAUAGGUCAUUAGUGCUUUAAGCAAAAAAUAUUAGCAGCUUUGACUGCAGCAUUAGCAGUUAGGAAAAAGAAAUGAAGUUCCCUGCGGACAUGUAACUGCCAUCAGUUUUGAUGUGGAAACACUGUGAUAUAUAAAUGUUGUUGGACAACAGUAGUUUUAAGAGUAAAAUAUGAAAGAUUUAAAAAGCCCCCCGCCCAAAAAAAGCUAGCUCUGUCCUUUACUUAUUAAGACACUUUAACUUUUUCCUUUGUAUUCCCAUUGUAUUAGAUAAAUAAAUGUGAAUGUAAAAUUGUAUAAAUUACUGUACUUGAAUACUUCUGUUCUCCCAGUAUUGCUUGCUGGACAUUUUAGUGCCUUGGACUUCCAUUGCUUCUGCCAUUAGCAUCAACUUACCAGACCCCAGAUCAGCAAGGGCACGUGGAAGGAAACCUUAGGUCCUCGUGACCCCAACAGUGGAAAUGCCAAAGGGAAACUGAAGCAUUUGUUGUUUUGUUUUGUUUAUGUUUUUGUAGACAUCAGCAGUUUUGUCUGAGCAGGUGGAAGAUGAGUAGGUGAGAAGCGAAGUGGACGUCAGUGGUUACGAGCUGUCUGUUUCAAGAAUAGUGAGGGAGAAUCGGGCCAUUUCAGAGAUGAGCAGAUUGAGCUGGAUGGCAGACUGAAGCGUGGGCAAACAGACGUGUGUGCCUGGCCAGCGACUGUCCUAACCUAACCCUUAUGCGUCUGAGCUGGGCUUGAACACACAAGACUGAGUGGGUACUGAACAAAGAGAAGGGGACAGGCAACAGUUGCAAGUUGGAAAAUGGGAUUGUCAGCAUCCCAGAUGGCAAAAGUUCCUCUAAGAAAAACCACGUGGCUUGCUUUCCUUUUGAUGCUGUGACCGUGUGUUUCUCGGCUUGAGGGAGUAGACCCACUUCUGAAUUAGCAUUAAAGGGAAGAAUGCAUAUUCCUACCCUUUCCUCUGCAAUGUCCAAAUGUGGUUGCAGGAUCUCAAUCUAACGUGCCACCAUUUUUUCUAGAGUAACUAAUAUUUUCACAUCUUCAUGUAAAUGUUCCCAUUAAAUUGUAACUGCAACCAGCCAGUAUUAUUUAAAGUUAUGCCUAGUUGUAACGGGCUGUUGUGUUUUCAGAGUUUUCCAGAAGUGCUGUGCUCACUGGCUGUGUUUGAGCUCUCUUUCUCUGAAGAUGGAGAAGGAAUGAGCACUCUUAGGGGUGCUUCUUACGACUUAGUUGAGAACUUGACCUGUUUCCAGCCUUCUGCUCUGCUCAGCAGCACAUCUCCAACACGUCCAGGCUGGAGGAGCGUCGCUGCUCCCCACACGCUGUCCCUUCGUGCUCAGGCUCAGAGCCUGGACAUGGUCGUAACAACUGCAGGUUUCAGGAAGGUAGAAAUGAGGAGAGAGGUGUCGAGGUCUGCUUCCCAACUGUUGGCUUGCCCUCUGCUUGAAUCACUGUGGUCGCACUGGUGCCAAGGAGAUGGGCAGCGGGUGCCAGACGUGAGCCGGCACCCGGGAGCAGGCAGGGCAGCCAGGUGCAGCGCAGUGGUGGUCUGUUACUUUGAUUUAAACAUUUUGAAAUCUUCUCACUCAUACCAACAGUAAGAACUGGUUUCAUUUGCUAUUGGUUUCCCCUCCUGUGGAAGUAGUAACUGAAGCCUAGAGGAAUGAACUAGUGCUACUGAACUGUUUAAAUUAUUUUUGUUAAUAAUACACUUUGACUAUCUUUUUCCACAUUUAAAAAAAAAACUUUCUGAAUUAUAUGUUUUCCUUACAUUAUUUAACAGUGUACACCAUCGGGGGUUUCGCAGCAGCCGUUCCUGUACAUUUUGCACUAACUCUGGGUGUGGCGCUCCUUGUAAGAUUGCGCUUUGUGCUUCAGUUUGUUACCUUUGUAGAACUUAUUUAAUGAAACCGUUCAAAUAAACCAAACUCGCUUUUGUUGA